AUGUGGAUUAUGAUGCAUCAAAAGUUGUCAACUGUUGAUAGAUUAGUGCAAUGGGGAAUUGAAGUAGAAAAAGUGUAUGUAAUAUGUAAGAAAGCUGAAGAGACUGCUGAACACUUGUUUCUACAAUGCCAAUUUGCAAGGAAGCUGUGGGAGAGACUUCUGGGAAGCAUAGAUCAUCAUAGUACUGUUCCAUUGGUCUGGGAGCAAUUUCAGCAGUGGUGUAUUCAGUAUGGGAAAGGAAAAAGGGCUACAGCACAAAGGUUCAAGACUGUGUUGACAGAAGGAAUUUAUGGACUAUGGAUAGAGAGAAACAAUAGAAUUUUUGAACACAAGAGUAGAAAGGAAGAGAGUAUAGCUAAAAGAUAG